AUGAUGAAGGAGAGCACUUAUAGUAAUCCUUGCUUGGAAUUCCACUAUAGGAACUCAGUACAUAUCACUACAGGUGUGACCCUUUCAGAUUUAGUUUUUAAAGUUAAGGGCCAUAAGGAUGAUGGUUUUUUAGAUCUUUCUUCAGAAGAAAAUGAAUCGAUAGUAAACGAAGGUAUUUUUAGAGUAUUACUAAAGAUGCGAAUUAGAGCUGGAAACAUAGAUCUGAUAGAACAUUUUAAUACUGCGUCUGCUCAGACAACAUACAUUUUAAAAACUACUCAGAAUUACAUUAUAAAUUGCUAUGGAGAAAAGAUUUUAAGCAUUAUUCGUGAUAACAUCAAGGAUGUCAAAUUGUAUUCAAUAUUGUUUAAUGAAAUAAUGGCGAUCUCGCAGCUAAGUGAACUUGUGCGAUAUACUCACGGUUCUGAAAUAAGAGAAGAUUUUAUCGGAUUUAUUGACAUCUAUAAAUUCAUUAAUGGAUUACAAUUCGAUAAUGAAAUUAAAGCUAAAAUAGAUGGUUAG